CAAAAGAUCAUGUCUUGGUCCUAGAUGAGUGUCACACAGUCACACUCACACGUAAUCAAUUUAAUAAGAAAAGUCUCCGCAGAUGAAGGCUGCCUCUUCAUAACACGUGGGCCCCUGGCUUCCACUGGAUUAACUAAGAGAGAAGUACUAAGAGCAAUACAAUGGUCCAUUCUCAUUCAGUAUAAUCCUUGUAGGUAUUGCAAGCAGUUUCAUAUGACUCCACAGAGAAAAGGCUACAGGCACCUCUCUGAAGAAGUGUUUCGACUACGGAUUAAAAAAACACAAAUGUCAACUUCCCCACCAACCUCUUGCGAUUGGAUGAUCCUGGUUGAACAGAAAAAUAUAAAUGUCCGAGUUACAACCAUGGACGCUGAGCUGGAGUUUGCCAUCCUGCCCAGCACUACUGGCAAACAGCUUUUUGACCAGAUAGUGAAGACGAUCGGCCUGAGGGAAACCUGGUUCUUUGGCCUCCAGUAUCAGGACAGCAAAGGCUUCUCUACCUGGCUUAAGCUGAACAAGAGGGUGACAGCUCAAGAUGUGAAGAGGGACAACCCUUUGUUGAUUAAGUUCAGGGCCAAGUUUUACCCUGAGGAUGUCGCGGAUGAACUGAUCCAGGAGGCAACACAGCGCCUCUUCUUCCUACAGGUAAAAGAAGGCAUCCUAAAUGAUGACAUAUACUGUCCACCUGAGACUGCGGUGCUCUUGGCAUCGUAUGCCGUUCAGGUCAAACUAGGAGACUACAGGAAAGACUAUCACGUACCGGGAUACCUCGCAAGAGAGAAGCUGCUGCCACAGAGGGUUUUGGAGCAGCACAAGCUGAAUAAGAAUCAGUGGGAGAAUAGAAUCCAGGUGUGGCAUCAAGAGCACAAGGGAUUGCUGAGGGAAGACGCCAUGGUGGAGUACCUCAAGAUAGCCCAGGAUCUGGAGAUGUACGGGGUCAACUACUUUAACAUCAAGAACAAGAAAGGAUCAGAGCUGUGGUUGGGAGUGGACGCGCUGGGGCUGAACAUCUAUGACAAGAAGGACAAGAUGACCCCAAAGAUUGGCUUCCCCUGGAGUGAGAUCAGAAAUAUUUCCUUCAAUGACAAGAAGUUUGUCAUCAAACCAAUCGACAAGAAAGCUCCGGACUUUGUUUUCUACGUCCCUCGUCUUCGCAUCAACAAACGUAUCCUGGCAUUGUGUAUGGGGAAUCAUGACCUGUACAUGCGUAGACGUAAACCUGACACCAUUGAGGUGCAGCAGAUGAAGGCCCAGGCCAGGGAGGAGAAGAACAAGAGGCAGAUGGAGAGGGCUCUGCUCGAGAGUGAGAAAAAAAAGCGAGAAAAUGCAGAGAAGGAAACAGAGAAGAUUGCUCGUGAGACCAUGGAGCUGAUGGAGAGAUUGAGACAGAUUGAAGAGCAGACAAAGAGAGCUCAAGAUGAGCUGGAGGAGCAGACACAAAGGGCUCUUGAGUUAGAGAAGGAGAGGACGAUUGCUCAGGAGGAGGCUGAGCGCCUGGACAAGGACCGCAGAGCUGCAUUGGAAGCUAAAGCAGCCCUGCUGUACCAGUCUGAAACCCAGACCAAGAGCCAAGAAAGCCUGGCCACUGAGCUGGCAGAGCUUACCUCUAAGAUCUCCCAGCUGGAAGACGCCAAGAAGAAAAAGGACGAGGAGGCGAAUAGAUGGCAGAAAAGGGAUUCUGUCCAUCCUCCUAUGCCUGAGCACGACGAGACGGAUGAGAGCAGUGAUGAGGCGAGCGCUGAGCUGACUUCUCCAGGCAUGGUCCGAGAUCGCAGUGAGGAAGAAAGAGUAACAGAGGCCCAUAAGAACAAGAGGCUGCAGAAAAACCUCAAGUUCCUGAGCACUGAGCUGGCUGGAGCUGUAGACGAGAGCAAAAAGACCCCCAAUGACCUGAUCCACGCUGAGAAUGUGAAGGCGGGCCGGGACAAAUACAAGACCCUACGCCAGAUUCGUCAGGGUAACACCAAACAACGCAUUGAUGAAUUUGAGUCCAUGUGAGAGGGGCUGCUGUAUAGGCCCAAGAUAAGGAGAGAUGAUGAAAUUGGACACAUUGAGAGAAUUUAGAAGUGUAGGUGCAGAUCAUUAGAAAAUUAACCUGACAGGUUGAAUAUGAUAGCAAAUUAUAUUGUUACCACCUUUAAUAUCCUUGAUUAUAAUGCCAUUUCAUCUGGAAACGAGUAAGAAGUGACAACUGUUGAUAAUACAUUUUUAAUUUCAUAGGAACAAAAACACAUGCAUGUCCACUUGGGUGUUGCAAACAUCAUUUAUGAAAAGUGUUGCUGUUGUUUGCAAUGGUAUUUAACGCAUUUGCAAUUUCAUUGUGCCAAACUAAUAAACUUUAUUAUUAUUGAUUAUUGAAAGCAAUGACAUUAAAGACACUUGCAUCUAAAUGUUCCAAAUAAAAUACACAUGAAACACCA